AGCUGUCAAGUUUCUUGCACAGGUGCUAGAAUUGUUUCCCUACAAUUUGAACAGUCAUCGUGGGGAGCAUUUAUACUUCAGUUCCUGUAAACCUGACUGAACGCAGACAAAAUGGAUCACCAUGAAGUUACCUUGGAGGCUGACAAAAUCCAUCAAAAUCGUCUCUCAAAUGUCACAGAAGAUGAAGAGCAAGAUGCUGCAUAUACAAUUGUGACAGUCCUAGAUAAAGUGGCUAGCAUUGUACACAGUGUACAGGAGAGCCAGAAAAGAAUUGAAGAGCGACACAGAGAAAUGGAGAACGCUAUCAAGACCAUACAGAUUGAUGUUUUAAAGCUUGCCCAGACUCAUGGCAAUACAGGCUAUACUGUUAACAAGUUGCUUGAGAAAACCUGCAAAGUUAGUUCCCAUGUUAAAGAAGUGAGGGCACGUGUGGAAAAGCAGAGUGCUAAUGUGCGAAAGGUUGAAGCAAAACAAGAGGAGAUGCUGAGAAAAAACAAAUUUCGGGUUGUAAUAUACCAGGAGGAAACAGAAUGCCCAUCUUCGCUGUCUGUUAUCAAAGACAGGGCAAGAGGUGAAAACCUAGAGGAGCAAUUUUUCCCACCUGAUGACCUCUCUUCUGAUGAAGAAUAUUAUAUAGACGAAAGCAGAACAUCCCGAUUUAAAAAAUCAGGCAUGAGACGCAUAGAUAAUAUCAAAAAGGCAUUUUCAAGGGAAAAUAUGCAGAAGACCAGACAAAAUUUUGGCAAGAAGGUGACCAGGCUUCGAACUAGAAUAGUGACACCAGAGAGGCGAGAGAGACUGAGGCAGUCAGGAGAGAGGCUGAAACAAUCUGGGAUAAGGCUCAAGAAAACUAUUUCAAAAGCUGCUCCAACAAAGGAGACAUUCAAGCUCAAUAAGAAAGAUAAAGAGCGAACAGUAGCUGAAGGGCAAGAAGGAAUCCAGGAAGCUGGUGUGCAUGCAGUUUCAGCGAGUGGGGCAGAAGAACCAGUCACAGAAGAGAUUUCCUACACAGAAGUGAUCACUAAAGUAAAGAAAGACAAAGGCAGUGGAACAAAAGGCACAUCCCAGCCAGCAGAGAAAAUCGUUCUUAAACAGGAGGCAACAGAAGGAGGAGUUGAUAAUGUUCUUCUGUUGGACCUCAAGCAUCCAGCAUAAGUG